AUGGCCCCCAGGGGCUGCGCGGGACCUCCGCCGCCGCCACUUCCUCCGCAGGCCUGGGUCUGGCCCGGAAAGAUGCUAGCCAUGGGGGUGCUGGCAGGCUUCUGGGUCCUCAGCCUCCUCACCUACGGUUACCUGUCCUGGGGCCAGGGCUUGGAGGAGGAAGAGGAAGGGGCUAUGCGACCUCAAACUGGAGAGAGACCAGAGCCCAGCAUAACUACCAUCUCCCAGCCCCAUCUCAUUUUCAUCCUAGCGGAUGAUCAGGGAUUUAGAGAUGUGGGUUACCACGGAUCGGAGAUAAAGACUCCCACUCUUGACAAGCUUGCUGCCGAAGGAGUUAAACUGGAGAACUACUAUGUCCAGCCUAUUUGCACACCGUCCAGGAGUCAGUUUAUUACUGGAAAGUAUCAGAUACAUACCGGACUUCAGCAUUCUAUCAUAAGACCUACACAGCCCAACUGCUUACCUCUGGACAAUGCAACCCUACCUCAGAAGCUGAAAGAGGUUGGAUAUUCAACACAUAUGGUUGGAAAAUGGCAUUUGGGUUUUUAUAGAAAAGAAUGUAUGCCCACCAAGAGAGGAUUUGAUACCUUUUUUGGUUCCCUCUUGGGAAGUGGCGAUUACUAUACACACUACAAAUGUGACAGUCCCGGGAUGUGUGGCUAUGACUUGUACGAAAAUGACAAUGCUGCCUGGGACUACGACAAUGGCAUAUACUCCACACAGAUGUACACUCAGAGAGUGCAGCAAAUCUUAGCUUCUCAUGACCCCAGAAAGCCUCUAUUUUUAUAUAUUGCCUACCAAGCUGUGCACUCUCCACUGCAAGCCCCUGGCAGGUAUUUUGAACACUACAGGUCCAUUAUCAACAUAAAUAGGCGCAGGUAUGCUGCCAUGCUUUCCUGCUUAGACGAAGCAAUCAACAAUGUGACCCUGGCUCUAAAGACAUAUGGUUUCUAUAACAACAGCAUUAUCAUAUACUCUUCAGAUAACGGCGGCCAGCCCACAGCAGGAGGAAGUAACUGGCCCCUCAGAGGUAGCAAAGGAACCUACUGGGAAGGGGGGAUCCGGGCUGUUGGCUUCGUGCACAGUCCACUUCUGAAAAACAAGGGAACGGUGUGUAAGGAGCUUGUGCACAUCACUGACUGGUACCCCACUCUGAUUUCACUGGCUGAAGGACAAAUUGAUGAGGACAUUCAACUGGAUGGCUAUGACAUCUGGGAGACCAUAAGUGAAGGCCUUCGUUCUCCCCGAAUAGAUAUUUUGCACAACAUCGACCCCAUUUAUACCAAGGCGAAAAAUGGCUCCUGGGCGGCAGGCUAUGGGAUCUGGAACACUGCCAUCCAGUCGGCCAUCAGAGUGCAGCACUGGAAACUGCUCACAGGGAACCCCGGGUACAGUGACUGGGUGCCCCCUCAGUCGUUCAGCAACCUAGGGCCGAACCGGUGGCACAACGAACGGAUUACGUUGUCAACUGGCAAAAGUGUAUGGCUGUUCAACAUCACAGCCGACCCCUACGAGAGAGUGGACCUUUCUAACAGGUAUCCCGGAGUUGUGAAGCAGCUCCUCCGGAGGCUCUCACAGUUCAACAAGACCGCGGUGCCUGUCAGAUACCCCCCCAAAGACCCCAGAAGUAACCCUCGGCUCAAUGGAGGAGUCUGGGGACCAUGGUAUAAAGAGGAAAACAAGAAACAGAAGUUACGCAAAAAUAAGACUGAGAAGAAGCAGAAGAAAAGUAAGACAAAGAAGAAACAGCAGAAAGUGGGUUCGUUUACAAAUUGCCGAUUGGGUGUUCCUCGUGGAUAGGUACAAAUUUUUUCCUGUCUGGUUAAACUUAAAUCAGUACUUAGUCUUUCACCAGUUUUCUAGGUGAACCAGCAUGUUUUUGGCUCAGUAGGAUUCCUGCCAUCAGCCUCGCUGUUUUCGUGUUGUGCUACUCCAGAGACUUCUGCCACCUGGAAAACUUGUGCUCAGUGCCAAAGGUGCUACUCUUGGAAGCCAUGCUUAGAGCAGAAAGGAGAUGUUUGUUUCUCUUGGUCGUUUAUAAAAGGUGGUCAGUGACGAGUCCAGCUGUUGUGCUUCAGUCAAUUGACCAAACACUAUGCUUUAAAUUAUAACAUUGGACUGUAACCUGCAAUUGAUGGACAUGCUACUUUGAUGGAAGUUACAGAGCAGCAUGAU